AUGGCGACGGCGGGGUAUUGUGGCGCCGCUGCUCUGCUCCUGGUGCUCAGCGUGCGGCUCUCGGCUGGGCAGAGCUUCUCCCUGCCUCUGCGCCAGCCGCAGGACUGCGGCGGUGCCCGUUACUUCGAUAUCUCCAGCCUGGCGUGCGGCCAGUGCGGGCCCCACCAGGGGCGCAGCGCCUGGGGUAUUUCAUGUGCAUGUCUACCAGGAUUCAAGAUGGUUUCUAAUAAUGGUGGGCCUUCUGUUAUUUGUGAAAAAUGCCCAGAGAAUAUGAGUGGCGUUACUGAAGAUGGGUGGAGUUGUAUUACUUGUCCUAAAGGCUUAACUACAGAAGGAAAAUGUAAAUGCGCCAUUAAUGAAAUUUUAGUGGAAAGAGAUGUUAAUGGCAAGUUGUUGAAUGAAGCAUUGUGUAUACGCUGUGAUGCAAAUGAACCAUCAUUCUCUGCUUCAAAUGUCUUGGGAGAUAGGUGUAUAAGAUGUGAACAAACAUUCAUAAAUAUAAGCGAGUCUUGUGACUGUUCGGACCCAAAUAUUUUGACUGGAGGGUUAUGCUUCAGUAACAGCAGAAACUUCCCCUCAAAGGCAGUUACAACUGUACGUUAUGGACAGCUAGGUAUAACAGUGGUAUCAGCAUGGUUUCUGAAAAACCUACAAGCAUCAGCAGCUGCUUGUUGGCUGUACUCCAAUCUAACAUCGUGCCAAGCACUUGGAAAUAUGUGUGUGAUGAACAUGAACUCAUUAAGCUCUACCACUAGUGAUGCAUGUGGUCUGUUUCAAUAUGUCUAUGCAAAUACAGCAGGGCUAGGCACUGUUCAUUCAGUAUCCUUCUGGAGACAGAAUCUUCCAUGGCUGUACUAUGGUGACCAGCCAGGAUUAGCAUCUCAAGUACUUGAUACAACCCAGUUCCCUACAAGCUUCAGUUUUAAAGGAACAAACAAGAAUAUAAAACUGCAGCUUAUCGCAGCUUCAUAUGAUGCAGAGGGAAACUUUCUUAAAUGGCAAAAUUUGGAAGGAGGUGUCUUGCAGCUUUGUCCUGACACACUGACUAGGCUGAAUGCUGCUUAUAUUUUUGGAACAACUUAUCAACAAAGUUGUACAAUUUCUGUUUCCAAGAUGUUAUCCGAUUUUGCUAAUCCGAUAUUUUAUGAUGUGUAUCUUGAAUAUCAUGAUGAUGAUAGUGGACAGCAAUAUCUGUGGGCCGUGCCAGUUUUAAAUUUAAAUCUUCAAUACAAUGAAAUGUCUGUGAAUCAAGGCAGCAAUAUGAACAAUUGGCUUUUGACUCGUCGGAUGUUUUUGGUGGAUAGUUUAAGUGGACAAGAGAAUGACUUGGGAACACAACCAAGAAUAAUUCGAAUUGCUAGCAAAAUAACCAUCAGUAUUCGUCUUAUUCCAAAUACUCAGAGAGGAACUAUCUAUCCCCCUCUAAUUACCAUUGCCUACAAGGAUGUUCUUGUCCAAAACCCAGAUACCCAGAGUGUGAUGGUUUCCUUCUCAGUUAAUUAUGAAAUGAACCAAUCAGAGGCUCAAAUUCAGACACAUAUUGCAUUGGGUGUGCUUGGUGGACUGGCGGUUUUAUGGUCUCUUCUGAAGACUGCUGGCUGGAAGAGGCGGAUAGGGAGCCCUUUAAUUGACUUGCAGACAGUUUUGAAGUUCUUGCUGUUUUAUGCUGGAGACCUUGCCAAUGUUUUCUUUAUCAUCACAGUGGGAACAGGACUUUACUGGCUUAUUUUCUUCAAAGCACAGCAGUUUGUCUCAGUUCUUUUACCACUUCCAUCUCAAGAAGAGGAUUUCGUUACAUAUGUAGGAUGUGCUUUUGCUCUAAAGGCUCUGCAAUUUUUGCAUAAGCUAUUUUCACAACUUACUGUAGAUGUUUUCUUUAUUGACUGGGAGCGUCCUAAAGGCAAAAUCCUUAAAGCCGUUGAAGGUGAAGGUGGCAUAAAAAGUGCUGCUGCACCUGUGAGCAUAUGGAGGACAUAUUUUAUAGCAAAUGAAUGGAAUGAAAUUCAGACUGUGAGGAAAAUAAAUCCACUCUUUCAAGUGCUUGCAGUUCUUUUCUUUUUGGAGGUUGUUGGAUUUUCAAACCUGGCAUUAAUGGAUUCUUCUUCGAGUCUUAUAAGAAGCAGUGAGAGUUACGUAGCUCCCUGGAGCCGCAUUCUCAGAUUUGGUGUGUCUACUGUCCUCUGGCUAGUCAUUGCCAUGUUACAGAUCAUAUUCUUUGCUGCAUUUUAUGAGAGAUUUGUAGAAGAUAAGAUAAGACAAUUUGUUGAUUUGUGCUCUAUGAGCAAUAUUUCAGUAUUUCUCUUGUCACACAGAAGUUUUGGGUAUUAUAUCCAUGGUCGGUCUGUGCAUGGACACGCAGAUACCAAUAUGGAAGAAAUGAAUAUGAACCUAAAGAGAGAAGCGGAAAAUUUGUGUAGUCAAAGAGGUUUAUUACCCAACACAGAUGGCCAGACAUUUCAGAUUUCCAUUUCAAGCAAGAUGAGACAGCAGUAUGAUAGGAUUCAUGAAACCCUAACAAGAAAACAUGGUCCUGCUAGACUUUUAGAUUCAUCUGCAACUACUUUUGAACAGAGUACUAAGGCAUACCAUACCAUGAACAAAUUUCUUGGCUCCUUUAUUGACCAUGUUCAUAAGGAUAUGGAUUAUAUUGUAAAGGACAAGUUGCUGCUUGAACGAAUUAUUGGCAUGGAGUUCAUGGAACCAAUGGAAAAAAGUAUCUUUUACAAUGAUGAAGGACAUUCUUUCAGCGAUGUUCUCUUUUACGGCAAUGAGGCCACACUUCUCAUCUUCGAUAUACUGUUUUUCUCUGUUGUGGAUUUGGCUUCACAAAGUUUUGUCCUAGCAGCUGUUCUCACAUAUUUGCAACAGGAGAUUUUUAGGUUUAUUCGUAACACUGCUGGGCAGAAGAAUUUGGCAUCCAAAACCUUGGUGGAUGAAAGAUUUCUUAUUUAAUUGACUCAAAAGAUGAAAUACUUUGUACAAGAACUAAUCAUGGAAUGAAACCGUCCUGAGCUACAGAUUAGUCCGCAGUGCUAUGUAAAUAUUAAUGUAAAUCUUUUGACUUUUUUUCUUUUUAUCUUGUGCGCUAGAAAGUUUUGUUUUUGUAUAACUUUCAGAGGUUUUUGUGUUGUGAAUAGUAAACCAUAUGUCUUGAUACGUGACACCAAGACAGUCAGAAAUUAAGCUGAGUACUGUCAUUAUCAGAAGAUAAAAUCAAUUUAUUGCCUUCAGUGAGGGUAUAUGCCAUUUCUUUUUAAGAGAUAAUUUCAGUGCUUCUGCUGCUGACUGGAGUUAUAAUUUUCCUCAUAUAUACAUGUGUUUCCAAAAUAUCUUAAAGAAAUUAUCCCUUAUUUUCGGAAUUUACUAUGAAAUACAAUCAAAUGUAUUUCAGGUUCACCACAAGUGAGGAUCUGCCAUGAAUUCCUAACUAGUAUUUAAACAAAUACUUAGAAGACCAUUGAGACUAAGUAGUUGAAUCUUUCUCACUUAUCUAAAAUAACUUCAACGUGAAAGUUUAAAUUGUUUGAUUGCUGAUGCAGUUUGAUCCACUUUAGCCCACCCUUUGGGUUUGUCUAAUUUAUCGUUGGGGCAGUAUUGCUUUUUUUUUCUGCAUUGAUUGCAUAUAACAUAGCACAUGUGUGUUUGAACAUUUGCUAGUCUCACAACCGUACAGCUGUGUGGCCCAGUGAAUAGGGCAAAGGAUGGAGAUGCAGGAGGCCUUGAUUCCUUGUUCCUGAUCUUCUGUGGAAUUAAUGUGACCUUGAGCAGGGCUCUUAACUGCUCUGGGCUUGUUUUCAUAGACAUGAAAUUGAGGCACUGAAACUUACCUUUUUUGAAUGCACUGAGAUGCUCUGUGGAUGGAAAGAGCUGUGCAAGUGCCUAUUCUUAUAUUACUGUUUUAAUAUAUUCCCUGAUUAUCCCAUUUUCUGACAUCAUUUCCUCAUGAUUUAAAAUAGUGACCAUAUCCCACAUACAUUACUUCAGCCAUUGGAAUGUAAUCAGCUGAAUAGUUGUUUAAAAUGCUACUUACUAAGAGUUCAGGGAGAUUUUCAAAGGCUAAAGGGGCAGGUGAGUGCCUAAUCCCCAAUCGUGCCUUUGAAAAGUCUCCCUGCUCUAGUGUGUUUUAAAAUAACAUUUGUUUUUCAGUAAAUGAUUACUCCACUGCAUGGUGUCACGGUUUCAUAGCCAUGCCACUUAUCUUAAGAUAAUUCAGCAGGGAACAAUCAUCAGCAAAAAACAUAAAGAUCCGAGUUCAGAAAAGCAUCUCUAUUUAAGAAUAGCACUUAAGUCCCAUUUAAGACAAUGGGACUUAAGCAGAUGUUUAAUUUUAAAUGUGCUUAUCUGACCCAGGGCCAACAUAUCUGAUAGAGGUGUUAUAUUUGAGAUUCUUCUUAGCUACAUAAAGAGGAAGAUGUCUAUUAUGGUGCCAUAUCAUGUCUUUAAGCUGUGGUUACCAUAGAUUUCAGUCUCAAAGCCAUUACAGACCCCAGUAUGCUUACUUUUGGUUUGCAAAAACAAAUGCUACUUGCUAAUUCGAAAUAGUUACCAUUAACUGGUAAAAUGUUGUGACUCUCCUGAGGUCAUGGUGAAGUUAAAUGGCAUAAUCUGAGGGCCUGACUUUCAGUGGGGCAUCCAUUUAUUCACAUGCAGCUUAUCACAAGACUAUAUUUCCAUACACAGUUCCUGUGCACUAAAACCUGUUCACACAGAUAACUGAUACUAAUACUGUAUGUGUACACACAGUACUUUGUUCAGGAAAGUUUUGUCGUAAAGCGUUUUCAGUGCAAAAAUUCCAAUAUCUGUGUGAACAAGUAUUAGUUCACAAAACUGUGUGUGCUGGUGUGGACAAAUUGGAUGCCAUAGCUUGGAAAUCAGGUACAGUAAAUAGGGCUCACUGUAGCUUCGUUCAUUGUUAUUGUUAUGGUGGCUUUAAAGCAUGCUUCUCCUCUGAAUAGUGGCUGUAUAAAUGACAUUGUAGUGUUCUGCGGUGGUAUCUCUCUGAUUUCUUUAUCAAAUGUGCUCUAUUGAAAAGUAUAAAGAUUUUUUUUUCUAAUUGCCAACUCUGCAAACUGAGCCUUUUGCCAUCUUAUGCAUCAUAGCCAGUAAUAAAAAUUCUGCGACCCAAAUUUAUGCCCUCAUGAGUCCUGUGCAGCCCCAUUGCCUUGAAUGCCUUUGCACAUGUAUAACUUAGCAGAUCUUAAUAAACAAUUCUGUUGCUGAGGUACAAAAUGGUCUUGUACAAGAUGGUAGCUCACUGAGUCUUGACUAACGCAAGACUAACCACAGGCUAACAGGCAUGAAAAGCUCUAGGAACUAAUUUUUGUCACUUAAAUGAGCAAAUAGACCUUGAAUGCAUGCAAUGCAGAUCUGUCGUAUAAGAAAGUGCUGUUUUUAUACAGUCACUUUUCAGAGUAGAACCACUUUUUAAACAUAUCUUCUCAAAAAUAUUUUGAUUUAUUGCUUACUUGAGUCAAUUCAAUUAUAUUGCCUCUUAAUUUGUAUUUAGUAAGCUUAAUCAAUUAAGAUUUAUUACACUAGUAUAAUCUGGAAAUAAUUCAGUGGGAAGGUACUGCAUAACAGUGUUUGUGUGUAUCACACAGUAGUCACAACUCAGGUGCAUAAUGAAGCAUCUAAAAAGUAUGCUCUCAUAGUGUUAAUUUGCUUACAAUAAAGUUAGUUUUCUAUAUAA